CGCAACACGCUCCUCCUGGCUCGCCUGAGUGGUGGUGCGCCUGCGCUCUGCAAACGCGGCGGUGGCAGUACCUGUGAGAUAGGCUGUCAGCUUAGCUGAUGGGCUUUGCUCCAGGGGUCUAGCCCCAUGAAUAACUUAAACGACCCCCCAAAUUGGAAUAUCCAGCCCAAUCCCAGGGCUGAUGGGGGUGACGGAAGCAAGUGGAAUUAUGCUCUGUUGGUGCCAAUGCUCGGAUUGGCAGCGUUUCGUUGGAUUUGGUCUAGGGAAUCCCAAAAAGAAAUAGAAAAAGCAAGAAGAGCGUAUCAUCAGCAAACAGCUGCUUUCCAGCAGGAUCUUGACGCUAAAUACCACGCUGUGAUCUCGGAACACCGGCGCGCUGUUGCUCAGCUCUCUUUGGAACUGGAAAAAGAGCAAAACAGAACAACCAGCUUUCGAGAAGCCCUUAUCUCUCAGGGGCGUAAGUUGGCAGAAGAAAGGAAGCUUCUUGAACAGGAACGGGCUCAGAUAUUACAAGAAAAAAGCCAGCGUCAGCCUCUGAGACGUGCCUAUUUGAGCUGCCUGGAAGAAGAGGAUGACUGGCAGAGGAGAGCCCAGCUUGUGCUGAAGGAGGUGGGAGAAGCUCUCGAGGAACGCCAAAAUAUCUACUGUAGCCUGAUUCUUCCCCGUAGUGCACGGCUACAGCUAGAGAAGAGCUUACUGGUGCGCACAUCUGUUGAUCCAGUGGCUGCCGACCUAGAAAUGGCAACUGGCUUGUCUGACAUAUUUAAGCAUGAUAAGCAUUGUGGAGAUGUCUGGAACACCAACAAACGCCAAAAUGGGAAGCUCAUGUGGAUGUAUCUUAAAUAUUGGGAACUACUUGUUGAACUUAAAAAAUUUAAAAAAAUAGAGAAGGUCAUAUUAGGAAAAUCAGAAUGAAAUGAAACUCAAGGCCAGAGGGGGUCAUUCACCAUGGCAGUCUGCAUUCUGGGGUCUCUGAUAUUUACUCUGUUCCUUUGCUACCAAAAGUGGCCCAGAACAGCUACCCUUUGUGAGAACUCAAGUCUUUCCACCCUGUGAGCAGUGCAGUAGGGCCUUAGCAGAUAAUGUUUUUCUAUGAUGCUAUGCAGCUAUUAGAGAUACUUUUUUUUUUUUGAAACAUUUUGAGCUGCUAAUAGUUAGCAAAACAAGCACAACUAUGCAUUUUAGUUCUUGGGGAAAGAAAAAUACAAUAUUACUCUAAGAAAUGUUCUGUCAGUUUUAUCCCUCUAAUAAUUGUUCUCCCUUUUCUGAUUCCAUAGUAUAGUAGUUAUAUUACCAAGAUUUAUCUUUUUGGAACACCCACAUACACACAUAACAAAACAAAACAAAA